AAAGAAUUUCUGCUAUGAGUUGUGCUGUGAAUAUGUGGGCCUUAGAGGCGAACAUACGACCGGCCCUCUGAAGGAGGGGAUGCCUCGCAUUGAGGCGUCGCAUACCUCGCAAUACCAGUUCAGUCCCCACUCUUGUGUUGCUUUUCCCCGUAAACUAAAGAAUUUCUGCUAUGAGUUGUGCUGUGAAUAUGUGGGCCUUAGAGGCGAACAAACACUCCCUGAGUUAGGGCUAAAAAAGCGAUCCCUAAAUAUAAUAUCUCUGUUACACAACCUAUUCGUGAGCCGAGAGUUAAGGCAAUCGAGAGGAGAGGUAGAGGCAGACAGAGUUCGAGAGAAGUUUAGUUUGUUUUCAGGUGCGCCCAGUGUUGGAGUGGAAGCUCUUACUCUUACAUUAGUGAUUGCCAUGUGGCAGGACAUUGAGAGUGUGCUACUCGUCAGUGAUAGCGCACAGAUUGUGCCCAAUUCCGAGACCCACCGGUAUAUUCUGCAACAAAGUCAACACCAAAGCCAACCACACACUCAACACCACAACACAACUCAUCCGCAAAUCAAUGCAAACGAUGUUUAUGUGAAACAAGAAUUCAAUCAAAUCAAGUCUGAAUACGAUUACCACCUUUUGCUAUGCAUGCUGGUCAGCCACGGCAUGCAGCUCUCGUUGUUGAUAACGUUACGGAGCGUUUGGACUUCAACGCCGUUACAGCCGAUUCAGUGCACACAACCAUCCAAUCAGUUGUGCGCCAACCGUAUGGUCCACAGUGCCAAAGACCCGAUGCUAUGGGUGCCCACAUCUCAAUCCCAACACCCGAACCAAUCGGCAAACUAUUAUUGUGAUCAAUACAGCAAUACAUAUCUGCACUGGAAUUCGGGUCACUAUCCAUAUAGUGAGCCAACAGUAAUCCAGUGCCAGAUAUCGCCGCCGGCGUCGCCCGAGAACCAGACGAAACACUCGUAUCAGACAAACACUAAUUACAACACCAAUAGUAAUGUUCCCAAAGUUGCCGUCCAUUCCUCCGCAGAAAAUACUCGCAAACACUACCCAACGGUAGCGCCUGUCAUACCUCAACACAGCCAACAACAUAGCUAUACACCCGCACCGCCCGCUCCCUAUAUCAGAGGUAUAGUAACGCCGCCGGCGUCGCCGCACGUAGACAUUCAACACUACACAAACUCGAGUCCAUAUCAUUCAUCGCAACACACAUUACCGCCGGUCAACACAAUGCCGGCCAACACAGCGGCGCCAGUCGUCGCACCGAAAUCGAGGCGCGGACGUCGCGCCACCGGCCGUAAGAAAGUCACUCAUCACUCGUGCUCUUACGACGGCUGUACGAAGACCUAUACGAAGAGCUCACACCUGAAGGCCCACCUGAGGACACAUACGGGUGAAAAGCCCUAUCAGUGCAAUUGGAAGGGCUGCGGCUGGAAGUUCGCCCGAUCUGAUGAACUGACCCGACAUUUCCGCAAACACACCGGCGAUCGUCCCUUUCAGUGCCGACUCUGCGAGAGAGCCUUUUCCCGAUCCGAUCACUUUUUACGGGGAAAAGCAACACAAGAGUGGGGACUGAACUGGUAUUGCGAGGUAUGCGACGCCUCAAUGCGAGGCAUCCCCUCCUUCAGAGGGCCGGUCGUCAUGUGCUGUAAACGCAAUGCAAAAACUUGUACGGAAUGGGGGACUGCGGGCGCACUUCUCCACUCAUUGCCAAUGAGCGCAAAUGUUGAUCAUCACCGGCACAGACGGCACAGACACCUGACCUUCACAAGCCAUCCACACAAUGACUGCCCGAGUGGUCACGUGACGCAUAUUUUGUCUAACUUUUUGUCCGUGAAAUGGCUU